AACCGGGCGGCGAUUGGCUGAGACGGGAGUGACUGGGCCUGGAGCUCACUUCCGCCUGGGUGUCAGUGGUGAAGCUGAGUGCCUGACAAGCGAAGCAGGGUCAAAGGGAAUAGAGUCGGGGACCGUCGCAGUUAGUACCCAGCUGGAUUGUUGAACCCCCGAGAAGAUGCAAUAAUUGUGCUGAAUAGAAGACAACUCAAUAGAGAAGGAUGAACAGCGAGGAGGAGUUUUUCGAUGCCGUUACAGGCACAGACUCUGACAAUUCCUCCACAGAAUUUGCCGACACCAACCCGCGUCUCGCAGACAUGACCCUCACCAACCAGAGCAUGACACCCGACGAGGAGGGAAGCCUCCAGGAGAAUGGAGUGAAGAAGCACAGGACCUCCCUGCCGGCCCCUAUGAUCUCUAGAAAUAAUUUCAGCGUGUGGAGCAUAUUAAAAAAAUGCAUUGGACUGGAGCUGUCGAAAAUCACCAUGCCGAUCGUUUUUAACGAGCCGCUGAGCUUCCUGCAGCGAAUCACAGAAUACAUGGAGCACACAUACCUGAUCAACAAGGCCUGCUCCUGUACAGAUCCGCUACUCAGGAUGCAGUCUGUGGCUGCCUUUGCUGUAUCAGCUGUAGCAUCUCAAUGGGAGAGGACUGGCAAACCAUUUAACCCUCUUCUGGGGGAGACCUACGAACUAGUAAGGGAAGACCUGGGCUUCCGGUUUAUAUCUGAGCAAGUCAGCCAUCACCCUCCCGUUAGUGCCUUCUUUUCCGAAGGCCUGAAUAAAGACUUCAUCUUUCGUGGUUCUAUCUAUCCAAAGCUGAAGUUCUGGGGCAAGAGCGUAGAGGCCGAACCCCGGGGAGCCAUCACCCUAGAGCUGCCUAAGCACAAAGAUAUCUACACAUGGACAAACCCCACCUGUUGUGUGCACAAUGUUAUUAUCGGGAAGCUGUGGAUAGAGCAGUAUGGGACAGUGGAAAUUGUAAACCACAGCAAUGGAGAUAAAUGCAUCCUGAACUUCAAGCCCUGCGGCCUGUUUGGUAAAGAGCUGCACCGAGUAGAAGGAUAUAUUCAAGAUAAGAACAAGAAGAAACUAUGUAUGAUAUACGGCAAGUGGACAGAGUGCUUGUGGAGUAUAGAUCCUUUUACGUAUGAGGCUUACAAGAAGUCAGAAAAGAAAGGAGGUGACCAACUGAAGAAAAGUAAACAGAAUGAAGAGAGUUCGAAUCCAGACAGUGACGAAGCUGAUGAUAUGCCAGAAAUCCAUGAGACUGUGCAGGUCAUACCUGGCAGUACCCUUCUAUGGCGGAUCAGUAACCGACCUUCAAACUCCUCUCAGAUGUACAAUUUUACCCAUUUUGCUGUGGCUCUUAAUGAAUUGGACAAAGACAUGUUGGCAGUAUUGGCCCCUACAGACUGCCGGUUAAGACCCGACAUCAGACACAUGGAAAGCGGGGAUCUAGAUCAGGCUAGUAAAGAGAAGGAACGAUUAGAAGAGAAGCAGAGGGCGUCCAGAAGGGAACGAGCCAAAACAAAUGAAGAAUGGAACACAAGGUGGUUCACACAUGGAACUAAUGCGCACACUAAGACCGCAGACUGGAUCUACACAGGAGGAUACUUUGAUAGAAACUUUACAGACUGUCACAACAUUUAUUGACACCUCCUCCUUCCCUCCCUGGACUCCUCAUAUCUGACCUAAGCACCAUGUCGCCAUUUGCACCGGAGCUGCGGCUCGCUAACUGUGUCUGUGGGGAGCGGGUGUACAUUUAAAUAUAUUUAUAGAUGUAUAUGCACCUCCUUAUUAUUAUUUUUUUUUUCUUUUGGAAACAUUUUAGGAAACAUUCUUGUUCAGCAAUCAGGGAAUUAAUUAUAAAACUAUUUUUGGUUGCCAAAAAAAUAAAAUGAAAGCAUGGGUUUGUAUAUGCCAGCGUACAUAUCUGUGUAUAAAGGGCGCACAGGUGUCAAAUUGUAGCCAGCAGUACGGAAACCUUUAACCAUU